AUGGAUGAUCUCUCGGGCCUUGAUUGGUCCAAACCGACGGGCUCGCAGCCCAAGCCCACCGGCGCCCCUAUGCCCAUGAAUCCGUCUUAUCCAUACCCAACACUGCGACCGAGUCCGUCUCCAGCUGGAUCAGGCCGUAGCACGCCUGCGUCGAUAUCACCAAACUUGGGGCGGUCGUCAUCACCUGCAAAACCGCCGGCUAAAGCGGCGCAGGACAGCUUCAGCAACUUGAUGAAUUUCGGGUCAGCAAAGGCGAAACAGAACUUGUCUUUAGCCGAACGACAGGCACAACUUGAGGCCGACAAGAAGAAGAAGGAAGAGGACAAGAGAAAAGUGACAGAGGCGCAAUUUGGCAACGCACAGCAAUGGGAUGCUCUGGGAUCUCGCGCAUUUACUCCGAGCCCCAGUAUACCCCCGCCUUCCUCGUCAAAGGCAGCUAUAAAUGACGAUGACGACCUUUUUGCUGCGUUUAACAAGGAUACCAAGGUGGAUAAAUCUAGUCACUAUCCGGCCCCGGACUCACAUCGCGCGACGCCUGUCGAAGAGAAGAAACAUUUGGACUUGAGCAGUCCAAGCGCUUGGGCUUCCUCAACCGCCGGCAUCAACGAGAGUAAUACAAACGGAGGCGGCUUUGACGACGACGACGAUCCGUUCGGCUUAAAUGAGUUGAAACCAAGUGGUCAGCCUAAAGCUGCUCCACGAGCACCGCUUGAUGAUGACGACGACUUUCUUGGUGACCUUGGACGGCCGGUUGAAGAAGUUCGCAUGAAACAACAGCAAUACCCCGAGCCUGGUAAACCGAUUGAGCAAGAUGAGGCGAGUUCGUCGGAAGACGAUCGCUUACCGUCAAGGGAACAAUCGCAGGGACCGAGAGGGAAUACCGGAGCGAGCAAGGAAUUUGACCGCGCCGUGGCACAAUUGAUGGAUUAUGGAUUCUCUGUCGAGGAUGCUCGGCGCGGGUUGGCAGAGAGUGGUGCUGGGUUGAAUGUACAAGCUGCAGCGAACUGGCUACUGGAUGAUGCCCACAGAAAGGCCAAAGCCAAGGCUCAAGGGCGGAGUUCUUCGACCAGCUCCUCUCGAAUGCAUGGCCAGACUGAGCAUCAGACAGGCACUCAUCCUGGACGUGGUGGUGAACCUGACUUGGCCAAAUCUGCCGCGGCCAUGGGUAGCAGCUUUUUCAAAACCGCGAACUCGUUGUGGAAAACCGGACAGAAGAAGAUGCAGCAAGCUGUAGCUGACUUCCAACAAGAUGGAGGCGACCCAAACCAGCCGAAGUGGAUGCGUGAUGCGCAGCAAGAUCGAAGGCAAGACAGCGGCCGAGCCAGUCACGAUGUUACUGAUGAAGCCAUGGCUCUCGAAGGUGGAGGACGACCAAAGCCGAGCAGGACGAACAGUCGUCCGACAGCUGACCCUCGACUAGGGUUGCAACAACCACGCACGUCCUCACCCGCAGCACCUUCAUCUGGCAGUCAGAGCCGCAAUAGUCCCGUACCCCGUUGGCAACAGAGCUCAUCUCCUGCGGUAUCGGAUGCUAAGUCAAGAUUAAACAGAAUGAAGGUUGAGGAUGAUGAUUCAUUCUUUGUCAGUGCCAACAGGAGAAAGAAAACUACUCCAGUACCAGCAGAACAACCCGGACAACAAAAACCGGAACCUGAUUUACUGUUCAACGACGACGCGCCACCAAGACCAUCUCAGCCGACUCCUCAGCGUCCAGCUCAAAAACAAACUCCGCAAUUCAUGAAACAAGCGCAGGCUACUCCUCCGGCGUCAAGAAAGGCAACGCCAAAGCCAGCUCGACAAGUCCCUCCGAUCAGCCCGUCAGACUUGGAAACAUCAACCAAGCACCGACUCGCAGGGACUGCUCAAUACAAGCUAGGAAACUACGACGGCGCUCACUCAUUGUAUUCCCAGUCCAUAUCUGCUCUCCCGGAGACACACCCGUUGAGGAUUGUCCUCCUUACGAACCGUGCCCUGACGGCCAUCAAAACUGGCAACAUGAAACAGGCCGUCCGAGACUCUGACGAAGCACUGAAACUCAUCGGUUCGGGGAAUGGUAAAGGCGAAAGCGUUGUCAUUCAGGGCGAGAAUGGUAAAGAAGAGGCCAGAAAUAUGGCUGAGCUGUGCGGAAAGGCAUUUUCUCGGAAGGCUGAAGCAUUGGAACAAAUGGAAAAGUGGGAGGAAGCCUUUUCGGUCUGGGAUCGGUGUGUAGAAGCUGGGCUUGGCGGAGCAGCAGCCAUCCAAGGUCGUUCACGGUGUAAAGACGUAUCUGCACCGAAGCAAAAAACGCCAGUGCCAAAACCAAAACCAGCAGCGAAACCGAGACCUACGCAGACAGCAUCGGCUAGCCUGGCACCAAAAAAGGACUCGGAGGCAGUUACUAGACUUCGUGCGGCUAAUGCUGCGGCGGCUAAGGAAGACGACGAAAAGUUUGCUCUCUCAGACAAGAUUGAUGCGAAGGUUGGAGCGUGGAGAGAUGGAAAGAGAGACAACCUACGUGCUCUUCUUACAAGUAUGGACCAAGUUCUCUGGGAGGAUAGUGGAUGGAAGUCGGUAGGCUUGCACGAGUUGGUCAUGCCCAACAAGGUCAAGAUAUCUUACUUGAAGGCGGUUACCAAGACACAUCCAGACAAGCUUCCCCAAACGGCAUCCACAGAGGUCCGACUCAUUGCAGCUAUGGUAUUCGCCACUCUGAACGAAAGCUGGGACAAAUUCAAACAGGAGAAUGGGCUAUAA